UGGCCCCAAUCAUUGGUCAGUGGAACAAUCGAGCAGAGUUUAGGGUCGACGUUUAUCCUCGACAGGAAGGCCUACUGGGUUAUAACUCGGACUACAUGGUGUGGUAUAGGCGUAAAACAAAGAUGUUUGUCGACCCAAACAAUGCAAACACAGCUGCAUUGGGUGAAGUUGUGGAGACUUUACAAUAUAUGGUGUCACCACAAGGGAGGAACACAUGGAUGGUUGAUGAUCUAGUGCCUUACGUGGAUAAGUUAGCAAUUAUAUCUGAAGAGCAAGAGAGAAUCACUGAACCAGUGUCACAUGGUCCAGCAUCAGAGCGUGAAUUCCCAGCCCAAGAGUUUCCCAUUCUUCAGUCAAGUGUUGAAACUCGGGGCAUAGGCAGACGAAGGGAGCCUGUUGAAGCGGAACAAUAUUCCCAACAAAUGAUGGAGUGUGGUCAUGGAAUGUAUUACACGCCAGCAACAUUUUCCGAAUAUCCUUCACAGAUGUAUCAGUAUCCUUUUACAGGUCAUCAUACUAAUACUUCUGAGACCUCACAUUCGUUCGGUGGUGUUGCGGAAACACAGCCUCAUUUUUCAUGGCCCACUAUGAUUCCUUCACAGCAGCACGAUGCCCCCAUGGCAACACCUAACGCCCCAUUUGCUCCGCAAUGGAAUGUACCCGGAGCAAUACCUGAUAUGGGCGACUUAUUAGGUGUUGAUUUGCGUCAGGAGUUUUCUACAGAGGCUGAGCAAGCAGAAGCGGGGAGACAACGUGGCGGCAGAAGAAAUCCUGAUCGUUAAGCGCAAAGAUGGGAUCGACCAUGUGGCACAUCUUCACGACAUCACGGACACCAUAAUGACUGAUUUUGAUGUAUCUGUGUAAUUUUGUUGUUGUUUGUUAGACAUUUGAUUUUGACAAUUAAUCUAUCGCA